AUAUUUGAAUUCAGAGCGAAACCCAGCCACAUACACACGUCAUUUCAAAGCGCCGAUAGAAGGAAUAUCUGCCCAGCUGUUGGAAUGCGACCGAGCCUGCUACACCUGUUUUCAGAUGCAUCAAUUCUAACGCGUUGCAGUUACAAAGAAAUAAAACCAUCCCAAAACGGUCUAAACACGGCUUUCAGCAUUCGAAGCCUAUCAAGCUAAAGUUCCACUGCUAAAACUAACCUAGGCCUACUUUAAUUACUUGUCAAUAACACUGCCGACACUAUCAAGUCUGCACUACUAUACGGACCUAUCAAACAACACUGGCGAUUGUUUAAUUUAGGUGUUUUCCAUGGACUUACCUGCUGAUUACAACGAGCUAUUUUCCGAAGUCAGUGGGCGGUAUGAAACAGUAGUCCUCUUGGUGUAGACUGGCGAUGUCCUAGGGCUACUUAGGAGAUUUCGCGAUUAUCUUUAAAACUACAUUCACGGUGUCAGCCCGGUAACUUCUCUACGACGCUCACCAUAGCGUACCUGUCCAUAUGCAAACGAGGACAGUUGUCACAUGUACCGCAAGAGCCAAUCAGUACCUACUACCAAAUGAUCGCCUUUCUCUGUCUCUGUCUCACUCGCUCAUACACACACACACCGUUGUGGAGAAACAAAACAGGCCUUCUGUAGUCUACAUCUUUAACAAAUAGUGUAAAACAGUGUCAGGGGGCUCUGGUCAAAACGAGUGCAUUGUCUAAGUAACAGGGCGUUGACUAAAGGUAGACACCGUCUGUGAGUUCUAUGCAGUUGCAUAACUCAUUGUAGCCUAAUACAGAGGGAGUAUGGACUGGAGAGGAGUUUUACCUUUUAGGAUUCGGGAAUAUACUCUGGUAGAAACUGACCAGUCAAUUCUGUACACAGUGACUGUCUGCCUAUUCAGCUGUAUGUAUUGUUAUGAAACAGGCAGGGAGUGCGGCUCGGACAGUCAAUGUUCUGGCCCCAAGCCCAGCGCGCCAUCGAUUGUGAAACACAAGUAUGCUCAAGUGGCAGAGUCAAUAUCAGCGUUUAUAAACCAGGGUCGCUACAAUAUACACACACACAGACAGGGGGAGAACGGCUCGGCCGGGACAGAGCAGAUGGAAUGGCAUCAAACACCUGGAAACCAUGUAUUUGAUACCAUUCCACUGAUUCCGCUCCAGCCAUUACCACCAGCCCGUUCUCCCCAAUUAAGGUGCCACCAACCCCCUGUGACACACACACACACAAGCUGGUCUUUAUUUAAGUCACAAUCCUGAGUUUGUGUUUCAGCAGAGUGCAACAUCAUCAGCUAAUAGACAUGAAUCACUCUCCUCAACUCAUUGUUUAGUCAUUUUGUUAAUUGUGCAGCGUUUAUGCUGCUAGUACUGGAGGCCUACUUUCUGCAAAAUCUCAAUCUGAACUAUUCACUCCCAUCACUAGAUGGCAGCGUAAGGUUUCUCGUUCAACCUUCCUCAGUUCUUACAGCCGGAAGAGAGAAGAAGAAACGCUGCUGGAUUUCGUGACGUUCCGAGGACCAUUUCCGAACACACUGGCGGGAGUGAGAAUGUUAUCCUCUAGCUACAAAAUAACCGAAAACUACAAACAAAAAACCUGCCAAAGCAAGCUUUUGUUUAAUUUAUUUUGAAAACGAAUCUAGCAAGCAGGUGUUAUAUUGCAAGCAAUUGAAAUUGACAGAGUUUGCAGGAGAGAAGACGGUAACAACCAGCAGAAGGACGCCAUACACGUAAAUCUUUAGUCAAAGAGACUGAAUUGUUAACGUUGGCUAGUUUAUUAUUUUCCGUCCUGCCUUUAUCUGCAACGUCAAGGGAGAUAAACGAGCUAAAUUCGAUAAAUUUUCAAAUUAUUAAUCUGCUACGCUUUCAAGACUACUGAAAAGAAAUGGCUAAAGUUCAAGUGUUGAAUGUCGCUGUGUUGGACAACCCAAGUCCUUUUGGGAACCCGUUUCAGUUCGAGAUUACGUUCGAAUGCAUGGAGGAUUUACCGGAGGACCUGGAGUGGAAGAUCAUCUAUGUGGGCUCAGCAGAGAGUGAGGAGUAUGAUCAGACUCUGGACUCAGUUCUGGUCGGACCAGUACCGGCAGGCAGACACAUGUUUGUGUUCCAGGCGGAUGCCCCCAACACCGGGCUGAUUCCUGAGAGUGAUGCUGUUGGGGUAACCGUGGCGCUCAUCACCUGCACCUACAACGGACAGGAGUUCAUCCGUAUCGGUUACUAUGUCAACAAUGAGUACACCGACCCAGAGCUCCGAGAGAACCCACCGGUCAAACCAGCCUACACACAGCUGCAGAGGAACAUCCUGGCCUCUAACCCCCGUGUGACCCGGUUCCAUAUCAACUGGGACGGCUGUUCAGACAAGAUGGAGGACAGUGAGAACGUAGACCCCUCCCCCAACAGCAGCAGUAGCAGCAGCGUUGUGCCCUCAUCCUGUUUAGCUGGCAAGGCGUUAUCUGUAGGACUGAUGUCUGGUAACUCUAUGGACUGUCUGUAGAACACAGCCACCCCACCAGCAUUGCCUUGCCACGUUCUACUCCAGCAGUGGCCAGUCUUUGGCAGGAAGGUUGAGUCACUGUUAUAAACCAGCUGUACUGUAGGGUAUACGGUUUCCCUCCUUCACACAGCAACACCUCUCUCUGUCUCCGUCUCCACUGGCACCCUAUUCCCUCCAUAGUGCACCUCCUUUUUAAACAGGGCCCUCUGCUCCAAUGUAGUGCACUAUCACAGAACAGGGUGCCAUGUCAGACUCCUGAUCCAAAAAGUCCUGUCCAACCAAUCCCCGAUCUGGGAUUACUUCCAGGAAGGUAGGCCUCUAGAGGGCGACAGAUGUCUAGGAAAAAGCCUCACCCCACAGGGCGACUCCAGGACUGUUCAGGCCUCAAUUCCAUUUCCAUUCAGGAAGUACUCUAACUCCAAUUCACAUCAAGGCUUUUCAAUGAAGAAAAAUGUAGAAUUGGAAUUUGUUUUACUUACCGAAUAGAAUGUAAAAGGACUUGAUCCCAAACCUGGUUAUGUGUCCCAAAUGUCAGUCUGUUCCCUACAUAGUGCACUACUUUUGACUAGAGUUGUCCAGGGCCCAUAGGACUGUUGUCAGAAGUAGGGCACUAUGUAGGGGAUAGGGUACCAUUUGGGAGGCAUCAUGUGUUGUAGUUGGGUUGGGGGAGGGGUUUGUUUAUGUCAAUCAUGUGACUGUUGUUAUUUUACUGUAUAUACCUUUGAUUCAUUAGCGCUUAAGAGAUGUCAUGGUUUGUUUUGUAUUUUGUUUUGCAUUGUAAUAUUUGUGACAAUGAAAGUAAUAAUAAUAAACAUGUGUUGUU